AUGAACCACAACAUGGUAUGGCGGACACGCCCAUCAUUGUUUUACACAGGAAUCAGGCUGUGCAGCUCGUCGACUACGCAGCAUGGCCUUCUACUACCGGCUCCGGCAGCCAAAGGCUCACCACUGGCGGUCCUGCCAACCAAGAGCCUGAUCUACUCGGUGCUGUUUACAUCAGUGAUCUCGUCGCCGCUUCUGAAGCCCGCCUUGGGACUGCUGAAGUACGUGAUUGACUCCAAGUCCUCGGUCAUUCACCCGUCGAAGAACCCGGUCAUGCGCUAUUUUUUGCGAAAGACGAUAUAUAAUCACUUUUGCGCCGGCGAAAACGAGAUUGAGGUCCGUCGUUCGGUCGAGAAAAUGAAGGCUCUUGGUUUCAAAGGUGUGAUCCUAGGAUAUGCUCGGGAAUCUGUGGCGAACAUGGACGAUGCCAAACACUUGCCUGCCUCGUCGAACGCCAAGCAAGAAGUUUGGGACCGUGCCGUCGAUGAGUGGAAAGACGGCAACCUUCGUACUCUUAAGAUGAUUGGCCAAGGCGACUACAUGAACGUCAAGUGA